AUGGUUGCCAUAGCGGCCAAUAUUAUGAAUUUGAGCAAAUAUGACAGCUUCAGAAAUGCUACCGACGCUAUCAUCAACAAUAACGUUAAUAUCAAAGCAGAUUUGAAGUGUAUAAUCAUUGAAAGGACGUCAAGACUAGACUUUCUUUGGAAACUUCAGGCGCAGAAAGAAUUGCAAGAUAUGAGGGAAUUAAGGCAUUAUAACACACAACUACUCAAGAAUAUUCUGCCCGAUCACGUGGCCUCAUAUUUCCUGACACAUGACCGCAACUCUGAGGUACACAUUAUAUCGCAUGCCUAUCCCUCAUCCCACGAACUGUAUGCCCAGUCCUAUGCAAACUGUGUGGUACUGUUUGCCUCAAUACCAAACUUCGCAAACUUUUACUCCGAAGACGUGAAUAAUGGCGUCGAAUGUAUUCGACUUCUCAACGAAAUUAUCUUUGAUUUCGAUCAGCUCAUGGAUGACGACCGGUUCCGUUGCAUCGAGAAAAUCAAGACAAUUAGCUCAACAUAUAUGGCUGCCUCUGGACUUAAUCCCAGAGAUCAGGGCAAAAGUGUUGGCUUUUUAUUGAGUGCUGUGGCAGACCUGGCGUUGUCUAUGAAGGAGGCCUUAGAAGACGUCAAUAAACACUCGUUUAAUAACUUUAAACUAAGAAUUGGUAUAACCCAUGGACCAGUAGUUGGUGGUGUUAUAGGUGCCAAAAAACCUGUGUAUGAUAUUUGGGGCAAUACUGUGAAUGAGGCUUCGCGUAUGGACUCUACCGGAACCAUAGAUCACAUUCAAGUGCCAAAAGCAUCCGCACAAGUGCUGGAAACGGAAGGCUUUCGCGUUCAUUAUAGAGGUGUAGUUCCCGUGAAAGGAAAGGGAGAGAUGGAGACGUAUUACCUGAUGGGCCGUAAGAUCGAAAGAAGCAAAUCGUUUGGUCGCUCGCAAUACGCGGCCAAACACUCGAUGACAGCCGUCCUGUCGGCGAUGGUUAACAACCGCAAGAAGCAGACACUUGGGUCGAGUCUGUCGGUGCCGAGCUCUAAGCUGCAGCUGAGGCCCCGCAACUCACCCGGACUAUCGUCCCUAAGCUUCAACUUCCGUAAAACUAGUCGUAGUCCUCAUCGACUAAAUCGGAUGCAAUCGGAGAUGGGAGGCAGGCCUAAGAGGGGCGGCAGUACUGUCGAGCGCCGCACACCCGACACCGGCGUCAGUAGUCACUCGUUUCCUGAUAUUAUAAGCACCGGAUCUCUGAAGGAAAGGGGGAGGGAUAGGAAUAAGGACCAGACCAUCAUUAAUAUCUAAUUUAUUAGUGGACGUCGGUGUGUAUUGUAUGAUCAGCGCCGGUAUUCCCAAAAUAUGACACAAUACGUGGAGAUGUAUUGAUAUGAAUGGCUACUAAUAACAAGGCUCUCUUAAUUAUAUACAAU